AUGAUGUUACCAUGGAAACAAAUUGUUCUGCUAUCAAUCACUGGAUGCCUUGCAGCCUGCACAGACGAUGUCAUAUUUCAAGGGCCAAGAUGGAGGACAGAGCCAAGUGACCUCAUUUUACCAAUCAACUCCCCAGACCAGCAGGCUACCAUCACGUGCGAGGCAGAAGGGAGCCCUCCUCCACAGUACAGAUGGUCACUAAACGGAACACUCAUUGAUCUGGGGAAUGACUACCGGCGUCACAUGUCUGGGGGCAGCCUGAUCAUUAGCAACCUGGACAAGGACCAAGACACCGGGGUGUACCAGUGCACGGCCUUCAACACAUGGGGCUCCAUCCUCAGCCGCAGAGCCAGCCUCCAAUUUGCAUAUCUCGAUAACUUCAAAACUCAAACUGUGAGGAGUGCUGUCAAUGUCCGUGAGGGCCAAGGAGUGGUUCUGUUAUGUGGACCACCUGCAUAUUCUGGAGAACUGGCAUUUGCGUGGAUCUUCAAUGAAUACCCGUACUUUGUCCAACAAGACAGUCGUCGAUUCAUCUCUCAAGAGACUGGGAGUCUGUACAUCUCUAAAGUGGAGCCCUCAGAUGUAGGAAACUACACCUGUGUGGUGAACAACACCGUCACGAGGGAGAAGGUGCUCAGCUCUCCAACACCACUGGUCCUCAGAAGUGAUGGAGUAAUGGGUGAAUAUGAACCCAAAAUAGAAGUUCAUUUCCCUGAUUCGGUUCCAGCUGCGAAGGAAUCGGUGGUGAAACUGGAAUGCUUCGCUCUGGGAAACCCUGUCCCAGAAAUCAGCUGGAGGAGAACCAGCGGUGUCCCUUUCCCCAGCAAAGUCAAAAUGAAGAAUUCAAACGCCAUCCUUGAAAUCCCUAAUUUCCAGCAGGAAGACGCGGGGACGUACGAAUGUGUGGCGGAGAAUCGGCGAGGCAAAAAUGCUGCGCGGGGUCGUAUUUCAUUCCAUGCUAAACCUCACUGGCUCCAGACAAUGGCGGACACGGCUUUGUCCAUCGAGGAAAAUCUCUUCUGGGAGUGUAAGGCCAAUGGAAAGCCUAAACCGUCCUACAACUGGCUGAAAAAUGGGGAGCAAGUGACGGCUGAGGGCCGGGUACAAAUCGAAAAUGGGGCCCUUUCUAUAGCUGCGUUAAACCUGUCAGAUUCCGGGAUGUAUCAGUGUGUGGCUGAAAACAAACAUGGCAUUAUUUAUUCCAGUGCCCAACUAAUGGUGUUAGCUUCACCUCCCAGUUUCUCCAAAAGUCCGUUAAAGGCCUUGCUAAAGGCUCGUUCAGGCAGCGAAGUCACUCUUGAAUGCAAGCCUCAGGCCUCGCCCCCAGCAAUUAGCCUGUGGAAGAAAGGGAAUGAGAUCCUGCAGAGAACUGAAAGGAUUACUUUGCUUCCUAAUGGUACAUUAAAGAUUGCCAAUGUAACCAAACGGGACGCAGCCACCUACACCUGCAUCGCUAAGAACCAGUUUGGGACAGCAAGCACAACUGGGAGGCUGCUUAUCACUGAGCCCACCAGAAUCACCAUGAGGCCUACUAACAUGGAGAUUAUUGUUGGCGAGAGCAUUGUGUUACCCUGCCAGAUUGCCUGCGAUCCAGCUCUGGAUGUCUCUUUCUCGUGGGCAUUCAACGGCCAGCUCAUCGACUUCCAGCGAGACAGCGAUCAUUUUGAAAGAGUGGGCGGGAGUAUAUCAGGGGAUCUGAUGAUUCGUAACAUUCAGCUGAACCAUGGCGGGAAGUAUGUCUGUGUUAUUGACACUGAUGUGGAGAGCCUGUCCACCUCUGCAAUCUUGGUCGUCAAAGGUCCUCCAGGUCCUCCGGACAAAGUAUCGGUGGAGGAGAUCACAGACAGCACGGCCCAGCUGUCCUGGACUCCCGGAAGAGACAACGGCAGCCCCAUCACUGGCUACAUCAUCCAGGCCCGAACGCCUUUUACUGUGGGCUGGCAGGCUGUUGACACAGUGCCGGAGGUGGUCAAUGGGAACAUGCUGACAGCCACAGUGGUGGGUCUGAAUGCCUGGGUAGAGUACGAGUUUAGGGUCGUGGCUCGCAACAACGUAGGCCUGGGAGAGCCCAGCCCGCCCUCGGCCAAGACCAGGACGGAGGACGCCAUUCCUGAUACAGCUCCCACUGAUGUCGGAGGUGGAGGCGGCACAAAGUCUGAAUUAGUGAUAACAUGGGAGCCUGUGCCCGAGGAACUGCAGAACGGAGAGGGCUUCGGCUACAUCAUCGCCUUCAGGCCUGUGGGCACAGUCACGUGGACGCGAGCGGUUAUCUCCACAACCGGUGUGGCACGUUACGUCUUCCGCAAUGACACCAUCCCACCCUUCUCGCCUUUUGACGUGAAAGUGGGGGCGUACAACAACCGAGGGGAGGGGCCUUUCAGUUCUAUUGCCACAGUGUACUCAGCAGAGGAAGUCCCCAGUGUGGCUCCUAAGAGGGUUUGGGCUAGAAGUGUGUCUGCAGCACAAAUUGAAGUGAUCUGGGAAGCUCUCCCUGCCAUCCCUGAAAGAGUGCUUGGAUAUGAGGUUGUGUACUGGGAAGACGACACCAAGCCAGACACUGUUGGCAAAGUGCGGAUAUCCGGAAACUACACGCUGGUUAACAUCACAGGGCUGAAAGCUAACACAGUGUACUACCUCUCUGUGGCUGCUUUCAAUACAGCUGGCCCUGGUCCGCAGUCAGCACCCAUCAACACCACCACAAAGAAACCACCUCCUGAUCGGGCUCCGCUCAACAUACAAUGGACCAUGAUUGGCUCCACACUCACGCUGCACUGGGAUCCUGUAGUAGCCAUGGAGACAGAGUCAAAGGUCACUGGAUAUUUGGUGCUGCUGAAGAGACAUCGCUACAAUGACAUUAACACUAUCUUGACUAACAAAACCACUAUGGAGCUCAGCCUCUCCACAAAUGACAACUAUCUCAUUCAGAUCAAGGCCACGAGUGAGGGCGGCGAAGGUGUGGGCAGUGAACCCAUCCACAUCCACAAACUAAGCAUGGGAGCGCGGGGCUCUGGAACGAGCCCCCUCAGCCCGUUGCACCUCUCUGCAGUCCUCAUCAGUGCACUGCUCUGCUCCAUCUGGUGA